UAAUGAAAGAGUUUCGAGCGUGACUGUCAGUUGUUGUUCUGGAGCUUGUCUUGACUGUUGGACACAGGAGGCGACAGACAGUUGGAUUAAAAAAUAAUAAGAAUACUUGCAACGAAGAUUCUCGACGCCUUCUCCCACUGUUUGACUCGAGUAAAGCUUGAGAUUACAAGGCUGUGAGCCCAGUGCUUGGAUAAAGGACUCAUUCAAACAGUAAUUUAUCCGAAACAGUCGGAGAUGGCCGGCAAAGAGGAUGCUUUUAUUGUGGUUUUAGCAGUGGAUCAAAGCGAGCACAGUGAAUUCACUUUUAAAUCGCCUGCAAAGCUGCACGAGAUGACGGAGAUGACACGUCAUAUCACGGAAAAACUAAAGACAUUCUACAUGGAGGCUUGCGCUCGACUCGGGGUCAAGGACGCUCGGUUUGCCAGUCCUCACGGCCAUGAGCAGUGGCAUGAGAUUGUCAAGUAUGCUGAAAAGAUGGGGGCGGGGCUUAUCGUGAUUGGCAGCCGUGGACAGGGCAAGCUCAAGAGGACGUUUCUAGGCAGUGUGAGUGACAGUGUACUACACCACUCCCCCGUGCCGGUCAUCGUGUGUCGGAACAAGGAAACGCACCAGUCUUCAGAGAGCCCCUGACCUUCUUCUCACUGCCAGAUCUCACAGUUCAACUAUCACUACGUCACCAAUAAUAAUUAUCACCUUCCGCUGUUUGGGGGUGAAUAUUUCAAACUUGUGGUAAUAAAAUUGGCGUGACUUUGUUGUAUCCAGC